AAACCCCUUUCGAAGGAAAAAUUGGAGUUUUUACAUUGGGGUAUAAUAUCCCUUGGGUUCGAAAUUAUCGUAAAGUACCACUUUGA